CUGCAUCCCAGCUCCACACACACUUGCACAUGGCGCAUGUACAGACCCGGCUCUCUGCCCUUGUCACAUGUGUGGGUCUGUGUAACCACAAAGAUGAGAUGUUUUUGUCACCUCAAGGCUCCUGUGCACUGCCACGUGGUGGCCUCACACCUGUUCCCCUCCGCCCACUGCCCUGAUCCCUGGCCACCUCUGCUCCCUGUGGUUCAGGGAAUGUCACAGACGUGGAGUCACAUAAAUGCGACCACGGGGUGUGGGCCUUGUCCCCUCAAUGUCAUUUCCUAGAGGGCCACGUGCCUACGACCAGCCGCUGCUCAGGAGAAGCAUGGCAGAGAUUGGCCACAGUGCAGCACCAGCCACCCAGUUCUGGGCACCACCACCCAAAACCAGGCCCCAGUCGUCCUGACCAGGUGGGACCCACGUGUCAUUAGAGGCUGAGCUGCACAUUAGCUACAGGCUACCAGCCAGCCUCCAGCGUGAGGUGGGUGAGGCCGGCAGCAGUGGGCACCCCUCCGGUGGGCCUGGCUGCCUCAGCCUCUCAGGGCCUGAAGUGUCAUGCGUGGGCAGAUGGCAGCCCCAGAGAGCUGAGCCACACACAGGGUCGGGAGGCGCACGGGAAAGGUCGUGGAGGUGCAGGAAGCCCGAGGACGUCAUUAGCUCUGUGCAGAAGGUUCUGGCACUUGGCUGCACGUGAAGGCAUGAGGCCUCACAGUGUCCAGGCCGUCGGCUGCGGGCAGCCAGCAGGCGCUGUCCCUGGGCGGCGUGUGUCCGGGAGGCACUGCCCACAGUGGGCCUCUCCCUGCUGGGGGAGCCAGGCUGCUGUCCGGCCCUCGCGCUUUCACCCCUCAGGCUCUCCCAGCCUGGGGCUCCGAGGCCGUGUGAACCCUGCCCCCUGCCUCAGAGCAUGGCGGUGGUUCCAUCCCACACUUUUUUCUUCUCAAAUUUAUUUUAAAAUGUUAGUGUCUGCUCUGGGGUCCUGGGACAUCUGGACUUGCCUUGUCCCUUGACUCCUCUCGAUGCUGCCUGACGUGGGCAGGGUGCCUUCGGGCUCACAGGGUUCCUCCGCUGCACACGCGGCUCUGUCCCCGGGUCACUCAGUAGCCACGCCAUGUACAUGAUGGCGCUCGCACGCACCUGCCGGUGGGCUUGUGUACACAGCAGCCCCCCGCGGGUCUGCCGCUGUGCUCCACGUCCCACGCACCCUGUAGGCUGAGGCCCCCUCGGUCUGAAACGGGCUCCGAGACGAAGGCGUGCUCUGGGUGGGAGGCACGGGACUCUGGGGAGCUCCCUGCCAGCCUCCCUCUGCCGGGACCGAGCAUCUCGGCAGGCAUCCCAGGAAAUGGAGCACAAGGCCUUGGAAGGGGUGUUCGGGGUCCCCGCCUCCCAGGGCGCCCUGCGCUGCGGCUUCCACCGCACCCGGUGCGGUCCUGCCCCGCCCAGCCGCCCUCCGGCUGCCCCCAGCUCUCUGCCCACUGCCCCCACUGCGCCUCAGCCCCACCUGUGCUGCCCCUUCACAGGUGUUCCGUGCACCAGGGGCCCCUUCCUCCAGGCCGCGCUGCACGAGGCCAGUGUGAACUGCUCUGUGUCCGUCUGGCCGGCAGAUGCUGCCAGCUGCCAUCAGCCUGGGGCUGCAGCCCAGCCCUGCACCUGGCGCUCGGGUGUCCCGGCAGUGCGUAGCCACUUAGCGGCUGGCCACGGGGACCUGCUCCUUCGGUUCCCAGCCAGCCUGAGAUCCAGGACACAUGUGGCCGCCUCGUCUGCAGCGCCUUCACGCGGCGGUGGUCCGAGUCAGCCCGGGGCUCUCCGGCCCCACCGGGUCGCGGUACCCGGCUCUCACCGCUCCUCUUCGUCUGGCUGGGAGUGGCCAGUGAAGUGGACAGGCUGCGGCAGGGAAGGUCCUGGAGAUGCCAAAGCAGGGACGUCUGGCCAGAAUGGCCGUGGGGGCAGCAGCUGGAGGCCAAGCCAGCGUCGUCAGGUCAGGGGCCCAGCCAGAGGCCUGUGGGGGGUCAGUGUGGGCAGAGCCCCAGGGGCUCUCACCCCAGCUUACACUGCAGUGCUGAGCCGCUGAGGGGUGCAGGUGCCAUCAGACAGAGGCCCCACCCUCGUGGCCUGGGAAUGGGCAGGGGGGCAGGACCAGGGGUGGGAGGCAGAGCCCAGGGUGGGGCAGUGAUGCCUCCCUCCACUGGGUCUCCGGGUGCAGGGAAGCCUGUGGGGGUGGGCACAGGAAGCCACCUGAGGGACCUGAGCCCCAGCCUGGCCCCACCCUGGCAGCAG